AUGGCUACAACAAUCCCCCCACAACGACAAAAUAAACAAACAAUGAACACGUCACAAGAAACAGAGCUGAACGACUAUAUGCGUGAAGAAAACGAUUUUUUCAUCGACAACGAGAGAAAUAGGCAGCAGCAAAUCAUCAAAAAGCAGGACGCACAACUCGACAAACUCCACGAAAACGUCAAAACUGUCCACGAAAUAGGAAUGACAAUUAACGAUGAAAUCAGCCAGCAAGACCAGAUGCUGAAUGAAAUGUCAAACCAAGUCGACACCACAGACCAAAGAAUUGUCUCAACAAAAGAAAAGAUCGACAAGGUCAUCGAAAAGUCGAGUAACUGGAAAAUCGGACUUGUUGUCGGCGGAUUGAUCCUUGUCCUUGUGAUCCUUCUCAUACUCAUUUUUGUACUGUGA